GAGCUGAAGUUCAUUUCCCUCACAUUUGAAGGUAAGUGUUCUAUGACUGAAAGGCUAAACAUCCUGUCCUACUUUUUAAGAAAUCUUAAGACUUAAGUGAAUUUUGCCCUUUUUAUUUAUUUAUUUUUUCCAGACUUGAUAGCAUUUUCCGUUACGAUGAGGAACUCUGUGGUGUUUUGCCUCGCUGUCAGCUUUGCAAUGUUUGGAUUUGGCUUCUCCAUCCAGUGUUACACAUGCCCUGAUGGCUCUUCCAACAACUGUGAAGUCAAACAGGUGUGUAACCAAGGAGAGGACAGCUGCCUCAAACUCACCAGUGGUGGAAAUACCUACACCUCGUGUAUGAGGUAUGCAGACUGUGACUUCAUGACUCUGGCCGUCAGAUAUUCCCUCGCUGACUUCGAAUUCGACUGCUGUCAGUCAAAACUCUGCAAUGGCAAGGAAAAAAGUGCGUUUCAGAGGUUCAAGGAAUUUUUCGGUUAAGAAAUAAGAAAGAAAAGCAACAACAGUCACGUGAUUUCAGUAUGUGGAUUAUUUUAUAGCGGGAAAUUGUCUUACCACUGCUGAACAUUAUUAAGCACUCAAAGUCUUAAUAAAAAUACGUUUUGGAAACAC